CUCGACACUGGUAAUUGGUUGGGGAGACGUCAGUCACGAUUACAUCCAAAGCCAUUGGUUGCUGGUGCCAGAGCAGGUUUUUUUCUUUCCCAAAACCAGUCAGACAGGCAGGGACACCAGACAUACUUCAGCUAUUGCCACAUAAAUAUCAUGUUUUUAUCAACGAAACCGAUGCUGUUCGUUCCAAGGAUUUAACUUUACACUUUCAAGUAUUAUAACUUAGGAGAGGUCGUGCCCAGUGACUCCCUGCAGGUGCCAAACGAGGCCACCAUGUCGGUGACCGUUCAUGAGAAUCGCAAGUCCCGCACUAGCACAGGCUCCAUGAACAUCUCGCUGUUCCACAAGCCUUCCCAUCCCGACAGUGUGCUGACCCACCUGAACACCUUGAGGAAACAGUGCCUGUUCACUGAUGUCAUUCUGUGGGCCGGGGACCGCUCUUUCCCAUGCCACAGAGCUGUCUUGGCAGCAUGCAGUCGUUACUUUGAGGCCAUGUUCAGCGGAGGACUACGAGAGAGUCUGGACAGUGACGUCAACUUCAGAGACAGCAUACACCCUGAGGUCUUGGAGCUCCUGCUGGACUUUGCUUAUUCUUCUCGAGUCAUCAUAAACGAGGAGAACGCCGAGUCAUUGUUAGAGGCGGGCGACAUGUUGCAGUUUCAUGACAUUCGAGACGCUGCAGCAGAGUUUUUAGAAAAAAACCUUCAUUCUUCAAACUGCCUGGGGAUGAUGCUGCUAUCGGACGCUCAUCAGUGUAAACGACUGUACGAGCUGUCGUGGAGGAUGUGUCUAUUACACUAUGAGACCGUAAGAGAAUCAGAGGACUUCUACAGUCUGUCGAAAGAUAAGCUGCUGGAGCUGAUUCUGAGCGAUGAGCUGGAAAUAGAAGAUGAACAGGUUGUGUUUAACUCUGUCCUGCGCUGGGUUCGAUAUGACUUGGAGGGUCGGCGUCACCAUCUACCGGAGCUGCUGAGAGGCAUCAGGCUGGCUCUGCUGCCGUCCGAGUGUCUGCUGGAGGCUGUGGCCUGUGAAGAGCUGGUGAUGGCUGACAAGAGGAGCAGGUCAAUAGUAGAAGAGGCGAUGCAGUGCAAGAAAAAGAUCCUUCAGAAUGACGGGAUAGUGACAAGUCCAUGUGCUCGCCCACGCAAGGCAGGACACACACUGCUGAUCCUGGGAGGCCAGACCUUCAUGUGUGACAAGAUCUACCAGGUUGACCAUAAAGCCAAGGAGAUCAUACCCAAAGCAGACCUCCCCAGCCCCAGGAAGGAGUUCAGUGCGUGUGCUAUCGGCUGUAAGGUCUACGUCACAGGAGGCCGAGGCUCAGAGAACGGAGUCUCUAAAGACGUAUGGAUCUACGACACUGUCCAUGAGGAGUGGUCCAAAGGAGCUCCCAUGCUAAUAGCCAGGUUUGGCCAUGGCUCAGCUGAGCUGGAGAAUAGUCUCUACGUUGUUGGAGGUCACACAGCCAUAGCAGGAGUUUUCCCUGCCUCACCAUCUGUCUCCCUAAAACAGGUGGAGAGGUAUGAACCUCUUACUAAUAAAUGGACUAUGAUGGCUCCUCUCAGAGAUGGAGUCAGUAACGCAGCUGUGGUCAGUGCCAAACUCAAACUCUUUGUUUUUGGGGGGACCACCAUUCAUAGAGACAAGGCCUCCAAGGUCCAAUGCUAUGACCCCGUGGGUAACCGCUGGAACAUAGCGGCUGAAUGCCCCCAGCCCUGGCGCUACACGGCGGCUGCUGUCUUGGGGAGCCAGAUCUUCAUCAUGGGGGGGGACACUGAGUUCACCGCCGCCUCCGCCUAUCGCUUUGACUGUGAAACCAAUCAGUGGACUCGAGUGGGCGACAUGACGUCCAAACGGAUGAGCUGCCACGCCGUGGCCUCAGGGAAUAAGCUCUAUGUGGUCGGAGGUUAUUUUGGGACGCAGCGGUGUAAAACCCUGGACUGUUACGACCCCACGUCAGAUAACUGGAACUCCAUCACCACUGUGCCUUAUUCACUCAUCCCCACCGCCUUCGUCAGCACAUGGAAACACCUGCCUGCCUGACCAGGAGACACCGACGACAGUUAUUACAGGCGUUGCUGUCCUCUGAGGAGGGGCUCAGACUGGAGGAGCAUCUCAGAGACCCUGCAGUCACAGCCGGCUGAGGACCAACCCUUCAAAAUUCAGGCUGCAGUUCAUAGACUCUGGAUCAGUCCUGAGCGAGAGUCCUGAGUACACAAGCCAAUAGCACCAGGUCUUAACACACAGAGAGAGAAUGACUCUGCUGACGCGCUUCCUAAAUAAUGUGAUACUCCUCAAACCUGACUGAUGGAGCACUCGUACGGAUAAAAAAAGCUACGAGUGUUUCUUUGGUUGUGUGUGGGUUUUGUCUCGUGCCAUGUUUUGUAAUAGUCUUGAAUGCAUUACUAAACCAUUCCAGUGUAAAGAUGUAAACUGAGAACUUCUCCAUACUGCAGCGGUGUCCCUUCAAAAUACAACACAACAGGAAAGAAGCAGGUCAAAGUUUCCUGUGAACCUCAAGCCUUAUUGGUUAGUUCUUAUUUCAGGUGCCCCGCCAACGGAGCCCCGCGCCCCCCCUGAAAUUCAAGGUGUUUUUUUUUAUUAUAAUUUUUUUUUAAUAAUACAUA